AAAGAAGCUUUUUUCCUCGCCCAACAACCGAACCUCAAAAUUCGGAGGAACCCAGCCCUCAACGCCAAAGCCGGGAUCAGAAGGGGAUCGUCACAUUCGUCCACUAACUCGCCGCUGUAUCCGUGGUUUCACAGGCAACUUGAACAGCAUUCACAGUCCUGGUUCCCCGCCAUGAGCGCCUAUCCCGAACAUGAAGCUGCCCUGGGCAGCGCGCCCGAAUUGCCCGUUGUUGCCGGACGCGGCUCAGACACGGAUGGCGAUGAGUUGCUGAACGCAAUGGGUUACACGGCCGAGUUAAAGCGAAACCGGUCGACCUGGCAUGUGGCCUUUAUGUCCUUCGUCCUGGCGUCCAUACCCUACGGCCUGGCCACGACACUCUACUAUCCGCUGCAGGGCGGCGGGCCCGUCGUCGUGGUCUGGGGCUGGCUGCUCGUUAGUCUCAUCAUCCUAUGCGUCGCCGCGUCUCUGGGCGAGAUCACGUCCGUCUACCCGACUGCUGGCGGCGUCUACUACCAGACCUUCAUGCUGGCCCCGUCCAAGUUCCGUAGGGCUGCCGCCUACAUUUGCGGCUGGGCCUACGUUGUCGGCAACAUCACCAUUACCCUGGCGGUGCAGUUCGGCACGACUCUCUUCUUCGUCGCCUGUGUCAACGUCUUUGAAACGGAGCCUGGCGUGGGCGUCUGGGCCGCCGAGACCUACCAGGUGUUCCUUACAUUCCUCGCCAUCACCCUGCUCUGCACCUCCAUCUCCAUUUUUGGCAACCGAUGGCUGCCCAUUCUGGAUACGUUUGCCAUUUUCUGGACUUUUACCGGUCUCUUCGCCAUACUCAUCACCGUCUUGGUCCUUGCCAAGGAGGGCCGGCGCAGUGCCUCGUUUGCCCUCGGCCACUUCGAGCCCACGUCCGGAUGGCCUGCCGGGUGGGCCUUUUGUGUCGGGCUGCUGCACGCCGCCUACGCCACGUCGUCGACCGGCAUGGUCAUCUCCAUGUGCGAAGAGGUCCGGCGGCCGUCCACCCAGGUGCCCAAAGCCAUGGUCGUCACCAUCGUCAUCAACACGAUUGGCGGCCUGCUCUUCCUGGUGCCGCUCAUGUUCGUCCUGCCCGACCUCGCCAUGCUGGUCAGCCUGAGCUCGGGCCAGCCACUGCCCACCAUCAUCAAGUCGGCCGUGGGCUCGUCGGGCGGUGCUAUUGCCCUGCUCAUGCCCCUCAUGGUGCUGGCCAUCCUCUGCGGCGUCGCCUGCUCCACGGCCGCCUCGCGCUGCACCUGGGCCUUUGCCCGGGACGGCGCCAUCCCGGGUUCCAAGUGGUGGAAGCAAGUGCAUCCCAAGCUGGACCUGCCCCUCAACGCCAUGAUGCUCUCCACCGCCAUCCAAAUCGUGCUAGGCCUCAUCUACUUUGGCUCCUACACCGCCUUCAACGCCUUCUCGGGCGUCGGCGUCAUCUCGCUGACCGUGUCGUAUGCCGCGCCCAUUGCCGUGUCCAUGCUCGAGGGGCGCGCCCACGUCAAGGGCGCCAAGUUCUCGCUGGGCAAGCUUGGCUGGCUGUGUAACGGCAUCGCCAUAGGCUGGUCGAUCCUCGCCGUCCCCCUAUUCUGUAUGCCCGCUUACAUCCCCGUCACAGCCGCAAGCGUCAACUAUGCGCCUGUUGUGUUCGUCGGCUUCGUCCUCAUCGCCCUGGUGUGGUAUGCUGUCUGGGGCCGCAAACACUACCGUGGGCCCCCCACCGAGAGCGUCGGCGUGGAUCCUGUCCCAGGCGGGCACGGUGUCGGCCCAAACAAGAAAGAUUAGAGGGAACGCCGAUGUCAUGCUUAAUGUCUAGUCAUUCUGCGUAUUAUGUUUCAACGUAUGAUACUCGCUAGGCGUUAGGCGUCAACGGGCCACCAGCGGUCGUGUGUUCCAGCAGAUACCCUUUUUUUUUUUGGGCUGGCUGGCUCAGGUGGAAACUUCAACAGUGUAGAUAAAUCAGUACCUACGACGCAGGAUAAGUAAAGAAAUCAG